AUGUCUUCCAGGUCGGUUGCAUCUUCAAGUAAUGCAGGAAGCUCCUCAUCGGGUACAAGGCAACGCGAAUCAAGUAGGAGUGAACGUAGUAAAGCUGGGACGAAUCCUGCUGUAGAAUCAGCUGUUACACGACUCUUGGUGUCAAUAAAAAAGCUACUCGAAGCAUUGACAGAAUGGAGCAAUCUCAAGAUGGACGAGAAUCAAGUCAGCGAUGUCUAUGUGCAACUCGGAAAUAACUUCAACGCUGCUGUAGCGGCCUUUGGUGCAUUCAACAUUGACAUGAGCGAACUCAUGACAGUUCCAGAUGAGCUUCGGCAAGUUUUAGAACAAUGUCUUUCAGAAGAUGCUACGGUCGAGAAUCUCGACCUCUAUCUACCCACCGUCAGAGGUAUUAUCACCAACCUUCUGCAAGGUCUUCGAGGUAAACAGGCGCUUUAUCGGCGGAUGGUGUCGGAUCACAAGCAUCGUUCAGAUUUGGGUCAUCAGAGGUCAGACAGUAGCAGAUUAUCACGCUCCUCCAGGGGCGAUUCUCAACGAGGCCAACAUUCUCGGAGCAGUGGAGGUGAUGAUGAAAGAGUAGGAACACGUGGAAGUACUCAUUCAAGACGACGCGAAACUGGAUCCUCUACGAGUGCUCCGACGGUUGACCCAUUCAUCGGUGGCUUUUCACCGCGCCUCGCGUCACAGCCCAAUCAGGAUCUUCCUGAGCUACCAGAAGACACUCCAAGCGAAUUCCCAAAUCCGUACGACCGCAAGCACGCGUCUACUCCGUCAUCCGUUGACCAAAAUACGGCUCACCCUUACUCCCCACCCCUUCCAACCAGCACAUCCCUCGACGGUUUCGGUGCGUCAUCCGCUGUGCCGGCCAGCGUCAAACGUUACUCUUUAGUAGAUAAAUCAGUUCCUCCACCCAGUGUCGUUGUCGAGCCCUCAAGUCCAGAUCCAACACGUGCGCAGCAGCAUAAUGAAGCAUCCAGCCCCCCAGAAACGCCUGGUUCAGAGAUACCACCACCGGAUGCUCAAUUGGAUACUCCACCAAUCCAUACAUCACAAGUCCCAGCUAUGGCCAAUUCAUUAGCUGCCCUGAAGAGAAGCGAGACCCUGGAACGUAGGGCGUCCAAACGAUUCUCUACAUACAAUAUCUCGAAAAUUACGGGCGGCGUAGGUAGAGAUCGAACCGACCGACAGAUCAGCAGGAAGCCAAUGCCCGUCGGCUCGGCUCUGACACCCGAAGAGCUGGAUGCUGUUACGGAGGAGGUGGAUGAGGAAGACCCGUUACCCAACCACAAAGGAAGGGAUGAUUCCCGCUCACGGAGUCGUACUGAAACACCUGAGAAUCGACCUCCACCUGUGCCACCUCUUCCUACAAACCCUGCACGAACUCCGGAACCACCACCCGUCAGUCCUGAGCCGCCAUUUUCUUCAACAGAACCGGAGUUGAAACCAAGACCUCUUCCUGAUCCAAUUCAUGCGACCGACGGGAAGAUUACCGUGUUUUUGCAGUUGGGCAGAGAAGUGAAGAAAGUUGCCGUCGACACUGGGUUGACCAUGUCGUCGUUGAGGAUACUAUUCGUCGAUAAGUUCUCGUACAACCCUGGACUGGAGAAGUUUCCUGCGAUAUACAUACGGGACCCCUCGAGUGGGGUGCAAUAUGAGCUCGAAGAUAUGGGUGAGGUAAAACAGAGUUGUCUGCUUUCUUUGAAUAUCGAACCUCUUGAUCAAAUCAAGCAACAUAUCGACUCCCAGAUAUUGGGUCUUUCUAAAGAUCUCAGGGAGCUGAAGAAUGCAGUCGCCAACAACCAACGACAAUCAAUCCAUCUUUCACCUAUCAUACCCUCACCUCACACCGAAAAUACGCCAGCGCCAACUCGACCUACAGAUAGACAGUUCCAGUCCGUUGCCCGACGUCUUUCCAAAUAUGUAAUGAACAAUGGCUUCGCACCAUCAGCCAUUCCGCCGUCAGCAGCCCCUCAACAGCCUCAAUUAACAGGGGGACUUCAACCGCAAAUGACAGGUGGCUCAGUUCUUUCAGACUACUCUACCCGGGUAGUCUCCGAUCUGAAGAUUCAGUUCGACGAAGUCCAGAAUCUGCGACGCGACCUCGGUAUCAUGCGGCAACUUUAUAGCGAAUUUAUGAAGCAGACAAAGGAAUCUCUCAAUACUCUACGAGGACAAACGCAGUCCGUUAAACAACUUGCCAAUUCACAAGUGGGUGGUGCACGUGCGUUUAUCGAUUCUGGGAAGCAAAAAUUGGAUUCGAGGACGCAGAAUGUGUUGACGGAGGUCGAAAAGUUGCAAGAUACCGUUGAAAGCCUCAAAAACGACGUGCUGAAGCGGCAUAUUAGUCCUAAGGCUAUGUAUCUCAAGACUAUCCAGAAGGAUAUGAAUUCCGUGAACGCAGAGUUGGAGAGCUUGAAGGAACAUGUGAACACGAUUAUGCCGAUGUGGAAGAAGACAUGGGCAGAGGAGCUGGCAAAUAUUGUGGAUGAACAGCAUUUCAUGACGCACCAAGAGGAGUUCCUGGCCGAUUUGAUUGAGGAUUACAAGGCUGUAGCGGACGUGUUUGGACAUGUGGAACAGGUGAUUAAUUUGAGGGGGACUGGGUCGGGGAAGAGAGUUAAUGGGAAAGGGUUUCGACCUCCGCCACCGGAAGAAGGCCAUGGAGGGUUGGGUACUGUGAUGUUAGGGAUCAAAGGUAUGAAUGUGGAUGGGGACAAGAGGUUGAAGGCUAUUGAGGCGAAUGAGAGGAACAGGCAGAAGGAACUUGCUAGUCGGUCGGAUGAGCUUCAACAGGAGCUGACGGAUUUCGUGAGCCAGAAGAAGUUGAAGAUGACAGGAGGAGCGGAAGAGGUUGAACGAGUUAGGCAAAAGAGGAACGAUAUGACUUUGAAGGCGAUGUUCACUGGUGGAAAUGGAGAGGUUGUCGAGACGGGCGGCUUCACUUAA